UGACACGUCCACACCUCAGCUUCCUCCAUCGCUUACGUGGCGCUCUCUCUCACUCCCUCUCCCUCCACGUGUCUCCCCAACCCCUCCGCCUUCCUCCUCCGCCGCUGCCGACUUCCCCUCUCUGACUUUCACGCUCUCAACCCUUUCAUCGCUUUCCAAUAAAUACGGAUUCCCAACGCACAAUGCUUCUGCAGAAUUAGGCCUCAUGGAUUUCCAAUCCAAACCCAACGAAUUGAAAUCCCAAUGCCCAAGAUGCAAUUCUCUCCACACCAAAUUCUGCUAUUACAAUAACUACAACUACUCUCAGCCUCGCCAUUUUUGCAAGACCUGCCGCCGCUACUGGACCCUCGGCGGUCUCCUCCGUAAUAUUCCCGUUGGCGGUGGAACCCGGAAAUCGAAGAAGAAUUCUAAAGCUAAACGUGCGACUUUCACUGAUUCAGCGUGUAAUUCGAACUCUGAUUUGGAUAUGUUGUCCAGUCCGUUGAAGUUGAAUAAUCAAGCGGGGGAUUUCCAGUGGAACGGAAGGGAAUUUGAAGCUGGGGAUCCGGCAGCGGAAGAGGGAUUAUUUGGAUUAGAUCAAUUGCCGACGAGUUCCGGUGAUAAUAAUGGAAGUUCGUGGUUGAAUUUCUACGGAUUAACGCAUCCUUUUAACAAUUGAUGAUUGAUUAAUUUAGACAACAAAUGUAUCUCUCUCUAUUAUUAUUUUUAUGCCAUUAAGUUUCCGUUUUUUACUCUUGAAUUUUGAAAUGAAAUUAUGAGAAUCAGUCUCUACUUUUAAGA